GAAUAGCACUGAUUACGAAUCAUUUCAAUUUUAAGUUCAAAACAAAAGUUAUCACAAUAAGUAUCAUAAACAAAAUAUAUUACACAAAUUAUGGAAUAUUUUUGCGGUUAAAAGUGUUGAAAUACUAUCAUCUGCAAUCAUUAAAUUGUGAUUUUAACCAUACAUACAAUAACAAAUAGUUUGAAUUUUAUUAAUAAUAGACAGAAAGGUGAUGGAAAAAGCACGUAUACUGACCCUGACUUAAUUAUACCUACGGUCCAAUAAAAAAUCACUUUUUUAAACGUGCAAAGCAUUCACAUUUAUUUCAUAAGACUUUCUCAAAUACCUUAAUUUAUUAUUCCUUUUGGUUUUAUAAAAGGUUCUGGGAAUCCCCUUCGUUGUUAUACAUUAGCUGAUUGUUACGAAUGGACUCGAUUAAAAACUGCUAUUCGAAAAUCUAUGUAUUUGUGUUUUCAGAAAUAUAUUAGUAUUGUUCAUAUAUGUUGUUAUACCAUAUAUUAUAGAUAAGUAAAUAUUGAAUACAACCGCGGAAUGGAGUAUAAUAAUAAAUAACCGCCAUUUUGCAACAGACUGACGUUCGAGUGCGUAUUCAACUUCGUGCUAAAUGUCCGUACGAUCCCAUCAAAUCCAGGCGCUCUUUGCACGCCGUCGCGAAAUUGAGCACGAUCGUAUUGAGCGUACAGCUGCCGUCAAUCGUUACUAUGAUCAUUGGGGCAAGGUGACAACACGUUUCGAGAACUGGACCAAGCCAGAGUACUACAAAAAUGCGGAAGAGCAGCUAAAGCAGCGUCGCGAAACACGCGAAAAGGAGAUGCAGCAGCUUGAGCGUCGUGAACGUCUGCGUGAACUGUUUGAAAAAGAGAAGAUGCUGUACGAAAGAGAAAUGCUUGAGCGCGAAAGGCCGCGGUCGCGCAAGAUUGCCGCUACCACCGAACAGCUGGAGAAGAUUGAACAAAGUGCUAAGGAACGUGAGAAUAUCAAACGGAAACUGGAUUUAGAGGCUAAAUUGUAUGGACGUUGGCGACAUGGUGUGGAUGAUGACAAUGUGUUGUUCGAAUCGAAAUCUAGCAAUGAGACGCUGGCCAAGCUCAACUGGUUGGAUAAGAAAAUCGAAGAGCAGUACGAUCGUGAACGUGAAGAAGCACAGUCUUUGGAACGAAAUUUGCGCCUGCAAGAGGGAAUCAGUCGUACGGAGCAGGUUCAACGAGAGCGUCAACUAAUACGCGAAAAGGAGAUUAAAGAGAUACGGGAACUGCAAGAGACGCAUAUGCAAGAGCUGAAGAUGCGUCAGACUGAGGCAGACAGUUUAAAAGAGGAGGAGAAGCAUUUACGUACAUGCCUAAGUGAUUUGGAUAAGGAAGUAGAGCUACUAGAGGAGAGUUGUUCGCUAAUUAUGGAGUCUGCAGAUGUAUCGCAAGCCUACAAUCUGAAAAAGAUCAAAAUUUUCAUACGCAAACGAUCCGAGUCAUUCUGCAACCAAAUCAAACUUUGCAUAAGCAUAUUGGAGCGCUUGAGUGUCUACACCACCUGUGCUGAUGUAAAGAGACUACUGAACAAAUACAGAGGGCAUCUAGAGGCUGAAUCAGUUAACCUCACGCAAGUUGAGGCAAUGUACGAAUCAGAGGCUAAAUACAAUAUGCAGCGGCUCGAGUCCUUAUGGCAGCAACAACAUCUAGAGCGUUACCAUGAACUUAAACAAUUGCUAACGGAAGAGCGCUGUACGUUUGGUGCGCGCAUUAAUGAGAAUCUUCAACGCCAAACCGAUACUUACGAAGUGCGCUCCACACACCUUACAGCUCUUGAGAAUUCCAAUGAAAAGUUAAAGCAAUUAAUAGCCGAGGAGCAGCAAUCGCCGCGCAGUGCGCUGCCUCUAGCUAAGAGUAGUGACUCUGCGCCACCAUUUCCUGGUACAGAGUACAGUGGAGAUGCCGGAGAUCAGGCUUCGGUGGCAGACGACAACGUAAGCAUUGCACAGCUAAUGCCGAGUGGCAUACCGAGUAGACCUACGACCGGAACACAUUUCGGACGUCGCAGACCUACGUCUUCUCAGCUGCCUAAAGUGACCAAUUCAUUUACGAAUUUAAAUUUGGACGUUUGGAAGGACUUGCCAGCUGCACGCCACGGCAUCGACUCGCCGCGCUUAGUGACACAGCGAUCGCCGAGCAUUGUCACUUCAGAAUCAGCUACCCGACCGAAAUUCGCUCGUAAACGCAUAGCUUGGACAUAAUAUUGAUUACUUGUUUUUGCUAGGCUAUUUUUACUAGACUUUUUAUAACGAAUUUAGAAGAACA